CUAAAUGAAAGAAAAUCCAUGUGAAAGACACAAUAGGGAAGGGGAGAGAGAGAGUGAAGGAGAGGCUGUGUGUGUUGAAAGUAGGCUACACACAGCAUGCGUUGGUGUUGGUAUUCAUUUAGUGUCUUUGCGUGGAGAGACUCACACAUUCACUAUGUCGCUCUCUCUGCUGCUGCUGCUGCUGCUGCUGCCCAUCUGCAGCAGCCAGGCUAGUUUUUAUGGGACAGUGAUGACUUACUAUCCAAAAAACACUUACGCAGAUGGAUCUGUCACGGUGGUCCUACGCUAUAAGCUAAGCUUCCGCACUUGCCAAGAGAAUGCGUCGUGGACCUGCGGCAGUGGGGAUUGUGGGAAUGAGAGUUCUUUAGUGCUAAACAUAGUGGACCAGAACAGCAGUGGAGCGGUGUGUCAGAGAGAGGGAAUCAUGACUCGCCAGGCUCCUAGCAACGCUCCGUUUCAGCUGGUUUUGAACGGGACGUCCUGGAUAGAGAACAUACAAAACAUCUCUGGGUGGAAUGCUGUGACUCGGGUUGAACUGAGGAACCGGUCGGACACCGGCCGAGCCAACACAUCCCCCCAGACCACCAUCCUGCCAGAUCUGAGAGUUCCUUCAAACUGUCAGAGAGAUUUCAGCCUGUUGGCGUUUGACCCUGAUGGAGAUGAAGUUAGAUGCAGAUUUGGAGACAUAACAAUACCCUCCUGUACUCUGUCAUUCAUCCCAGUAGGCAACAGUUUUGAACGCGUGUACGUCCAACAGCUGGUGAUGGAGGACUUUCCCAGGCAGAACAUCAGCCUGACUCAAACUGGCGGUUCGCAGUCGAUCAUAACUCCCAACGAAGCUAUCAGCCAAAUACCUGUCCAGUUUGCUUUUGCACUGGACCCUGCGGUGCCGUCUUGCACAGAAGGACUCUAUCUGCCCAAAUUCCUGCCUCCAACCUCAGUCAACAGAGCUGAGCUGUACACCUCUGUCAAUCACACCCUGGAAAUCAACAUCCGUGCUGAGGCAAAUGUCUCCACAAUAUCUGAGCUGCUGUUCAGCGGGCCAUACAACACAGUCCAGACUACAUCAGGAACAGGACAGUACACCCUGAGAUGGACGCCGUCUGAACAAGAAGAUGGAGAAAGCCACCCGAUCUGCUUUGUUGUCCAGGCAGUUUCCAAUUCCAGCACGUAUCAGUCUGAGCUUCGAUGUGUCAUUGUGAUUGUUGAAAACGCAGUCCUUCCUUCAGCUACAACACCAGAAGUAAGAACCAGCAUCAAUAUAACAACCACACGAAGCACAAUCACUGCUAACCCCAACCUAACUACAACAACCCCACAAACAACCACAGAACCCCCAACAAGUACCCCACUGACAACGUCACCCAUCACCACGCCAAUUACAACAACCCCACAAACAACCACUGAUCCCCCAACAAUUACCCCACUGACCACAUCACCCAUCACUACACCAACUACAACAACCCCACAAACAACAACUAUCCCACUGACCACAUCACCCAUCACUACACCAAAUACAACAACCAUCAUCAAUGUAACAACCACACAAAGCACAAUCACUGCUAACCCCAACCUAACUACAACAACCCCACAAACAACCACAGAACCCCCAACAAGUACCCCACUGACAACGUCACCCAUCACCACGCCAAUUACAACAACCCCACAAACAACCACUGAUCCCCCAACAAUUACCCCACUGACCACAUCACCCAUCACUACACCAACUACAACAACCCCACAAACAACAACUAUCCCACUGAUCACAUCACCCAUCACUACACCAAAUACAACAACCAUCAUCAAUGUAACAACCACACAAAGCACAAUCACUGCUAACCCCAACCUAACUACAACAACCCCACAAACAACCACUGAUCCCCAAACACUUACCCCACUGACAACAUCACCCAUCACUACGCCAAAUACAACAACAAUCAUCAUCAAUGUAACAACCACACAAAGCACAAUCACUACUAACAACAACCUAACUACAACAACCCCACAAACAACCACAGAACCCCCAACAACUACCCCACUGAGCACAUCACCCAUCACUACGCCAAAUACAACAACCAUCAUCAAUGUAACAACCACACAAAGCACAAUCACUGCUAACAACAACCUAACUACAACAACCCCACAAACAACCACUGAUCCCCCAACACUUACCCCACUGACCACAUCACCCAUCACUACGCCAAAUGCAACAACCAUCAUCAAUGUAACAACCACACAAAGCACAAUCACUACUAACAACAACCUAACUACAACAACCCCACAAACAACCACUGAUCCCCCAACACUUACCCCACUGACCACAUCACCCAUCACUACGCCAAAUGCAACAACCAUCAUCAAUGUAACAACCACACAAAGCACAAUCACUACUAACAACAACCUAACUACAACAACCCCACAAACAACCACAGAACCCCCAACAACUACCCCACUGACCACAUCACCCAUCACUACGCCAAAUACAACAACCAUCAUCAAUGUAACAAGCACACAAAGCACAAUCACUACUAACAACAACCUAACUACAACAACCCCACAAACAACCACUGAUCCCCCAACACUUACCCCACUGACCACAUCACCCAUCACUACGCCAAAUGCAACAACCAUCAUCAAUGUAACAACCACACAAAGCACAAUCACUGCUAACCCCAACCUAACUACAACAACCCCACAAACAACCACUGAUCCCCCAACACUUACCCCACUGACCACAUCACCCAUCACUACGCCAAAUACAACAACCAUCAUCAAUGUAACAACCACACAAAGCACAAUCACUACAAACCCCAACCUAACUACAACAACCCCACAAACAACCACAGAACCCCCAACAACUACCCCACUGACCAUAUCCCCCAUCACCACGCCAACUACAACAACCCCACAAACAACAACCACCCCACUGACCAUAUCACCCAUCACUACGCCAAAUACAACAACCAUCAUUAAUUUAACAACCACACAAAGCACAAUCAUUACUAACCCCAACCUAACUACAACAACCCCACAAACAACCACUGAUCCCCCAACACUUACCCCACUGACCACAUCAAUCAUCACCAUGCCAACUAUAACAACCCCACAAACAACAACUAUCCCACUGACUACAUUACCCACCACUACGCCAACUACAACAACCCCACAAACAGCUAUCCCACUGACCACAUCACCCACCACUACGCCAACUACAACAACCCCCCAAACAACAAUUAUCCCACUGACCACAUCACCCACCACUACGCCAACUACAGCAAGUCCACCACCAGUUACUACACCUGAGGUCACAACAGGUGUAAACAUCAUCUCAAACCCAUUUGUUGUUGUUUUGAAAAUGAAGCUUUCCUCUCCGUCUCCGCUGUCUGAAGACUACAUCAGGACUACUGUCAUGCAACAGAUCAGAGAUGAACUGGCGAGAUAUGGACUGCCUUUAACUGGCACUAUACGCCUUCUGAGUAGUGUGCAAACAUAAUUUACGUGAACAUUUAUUGACCCCUGGAAAGAAAUGUAUUCAGUUUCCUGUCAAAUUCAAAACGUUUAAACAUAUUCACACUUUAUUGCUUAGAUACCAUGGAUGUAAACCAAGAAGUUCACUGUUUGAAUGUGUAAGCUUCCUGUUGGGGUGUGUUUUAAAAUGUUUUUGUCCGAUGGGAACUACAUAUCAAUAUCACUAAAAUACAUGCUGACACGCUGUACACAUAGACGCAUGUACAGCUACGUCUACAUACAAAAGUGUCCUCAAUACAAAAACAGGAGAGCCAUUUAAAAAACAAAUGCAUGAUUAAA